ACUACUACUACUACUACUACUACUACUACUACCACCAAAAUGACUGUAACUACAAGAAACCCACACCACUACAACUACUACUACUACUACAACUACUACAACUGUGGCUCUUGCGGUAGUACUUGACCUAACCUAACCUAACCACACACCGCUGCAAUAUCCAAUGAGGAGAACGGAGGAAGAGAGAAAGAGAGGAAUCAUGAGGACCGAAGGCAGAAGAAAAGGUCCCAUCACCACCACCACUACCACACCACCACCACCAUUACUACCACCGCCACCACUGCCACUGCCCUCCCCUCGAAUACUACUACUGCCACUUGUACUAUUGCUAUUGUGCGUGGCGGGUGGAGAAGCGCAGCAGCCUCCACCUAACUACUCCCACGACCACCUGCCCAACACGAGCUUCACCUGUGACGACAAGGCUACAGGUGGAUACUACGCAGACCCCGAAGCUGGUUGCCAAAUGUUCCACGUGUGUGUCAGAGUGUCCGAUGAAGAGAUCCGGGACUUCCGUUUUCUCUGUCCAAACAACACGGUGUUCGACCAACAAAACUUCAUCUGCACGAACUGGUGGGACAUUGACUGCCGCCGCUCCACCAGGUACUACAACAAGAAUGACCUCUUCCGCGUCGAGCAGGAACUACAGCAGCAGCAGCAGCAGCAGCAGCAGCAGCAGCAGCAGCAGCAGCAGUCCGCCACAGAGCAGCAGGACUACAACUACCACUACCAGGGGGAAGGGGAGCGCCAGGGCUACUACGACUAUGGGUAUGAUUACGAGGACCCCCAAGGCAGGGAGUCUUCUGGUGGUAGGCAGGGCAAGUCCCAGCCCACCACUACUGCUGCUACUACCACUACUACACCUACUACCACGACCACCACCACCACCACUACUACUACUACUACAACUACUACGACCACCCCGCGGCCAACCACCAUCGCCACCACCGCAGCGCCGCGCAUCACCACCCUCCGCGCCUCACCGCCUCCCUUCAGCGUUUCGUCGUUCCGCGUGGGUCGUCCUGUCGUCAGUGUCAGCACCUCCGUCAGCAGAGGUCCCACGUCAUCCUCGUCGCGGAGUUCCUCGGAGCGGGGAAGGACGGGCGGGCAGACGGCGUGGCGCAGGACUGGGCCGCGCAACACCCGGCAGGAGGAGGCCCUGGGGGAGGGGGAGGUGGAUGAGUUGUACAGAGACAUAGAGGACCCCUUCGCUAACUACGACUGGCGGAGGGACUCGUCUUUCUCCUCUUCGUCAGGCAGCGGCGUCACCGCCUCCACCAAGACCAGGUACGAGCAGCGGUUCGGUACGGCGCCUCGCUCACGUGCCGCCGACGCGCCGCUCCCGCCCACAGGCCUCAGUCCCCACACCGGUCCUCCCACUACCACGCCCGCGCCCGCGCCCGCCCCAUCCACCACCGCCUCUCCCCCAACAGCAUGGCGGGGCAGGCGGCGGCGCGUGCGUGGGCGGGGGCGGGGGCGGGGCUCCAGGGAAGGCCUGGCGCGGGCACGCCAGGCUGAACCAGAUCCAGCCCUUGAAGAGUUCGCUAAUUUCCGAUACUACAAGACUGCCUUCGGGGGCACCACCGCGGGGCCGCCCACCCUGCACCCCACCGACUCGCUCCAAGAAAGUUCCCGUCCAGGCCUCAGAGCGACGCGGGUCCGGCCCGUGGGUUAUAUCUCAGCGCGCUCCGCCUCGCGCAACACACGCUACGCGGUGUACGGCUGAGGACGGGGCCAGCCGGAAGUGGCACCGACUGGAGGAACCGCUUGAGACGGAAGGCAUGAGCAGUGGUGGUGGUGUUGGGAUGGUGUCGGGGGAAGCAGCAGCCGGGUUGUGUCUGUGUUGCAGCCUGCCUGGCGCUGUGCUGCACUGUUGUGCUGCGAGGAGAACGCCACACGAACAAUAAUCCUACUCCAUUCACCAGAACAGUGCGAGGAGACACGACAGAGAAGCGGAGUGGUGACGGUCAGUGGUGAGGACCAGAGAGAACAUCAGGACAUGAAAUAACAAAGGAACCUUAAGAAAAGUAUUAGAUAAAAGAAAUAAAGGAAGAUUGGAAAAAAAGCAACAUGUAUUUUCUUUCCUUUCACCAUAAAGGAAAAAGAAAACGACGUGGCAAUACGUGAGUGAAACAGGAAAAGGUUAUACUAUUCUUUGAACCGUAGAUACGUAAAGGAGCAAUUACCAAUGCACCAGUGAAGCAAGUUGCGUUAAUUAAACAUAUCAUAAAUACGUCCAGACCAUGAAUAUGUUGAAAAGAAAUAAGUAAAGAAAGGUGAUGGGGGUGGGGGGGGUGAAAGCAAAACCGGUCCAGCAUGGAGGUACUGUGAGGUGCGUGGUGGGUGGGUGUGGCGAGGGGCGGCUGUGUGCUGGAGUGGUGAAUAGCAAUCUGAAAAUGUGAUGAUUAUUACAGCUACGUAUAAGGAAAGUGCUCAUUUAUGGACGCAAACUACAGAUUCCAAUCAAAACAUGAACAUUCAAAUUUAUUUGAAUUUUGUUAAUGAUAAUUAUUUGAGUUUUGUUAAUGAAAGAAUAUCGAAAACUAAAUAAUAAAAAAAAGUACAUAUUAUAUAAUCACAAUAUUUCGCUCACAUAAAAAGAAUCAAUAAUAUUUCGCUUUAAAAAUUUAAAGUGGAAAAAAAUGCACGAUUGAAGCAACUACUACGCUGUUCACCGUUACUGUAUCCUUGUGUGUGGCUGCACCUGUAGGCGUUAACGGAGCUCACGGUACCUGCAUGAACGCUACACCAAUUCACUACCAAAGACUAGCGCCACGUGGAAGACUGGCAGGUUACCGCUGAAAACGCUCCAUGAUCUUUUUCUCCGAUUGUGUCAGAAAACGUAAACAAGACACCGGGGACUCAAGUAAUGUUUUAGUGCUAUCCACUGAACACCUAAUCAAAGUGACAUCAUUGUACUGGUUGUGUACGUCUGUGUGUGUGUUUAUUGUUGUGCCUAUGGAUAACAGCAAUAGAGGAAUAAUUAUCCGUCCAAUGAAGGAAGCAAGGAACAAAUCUCAAUGUGUUAAUUAGUGUUUACAAACUUACAAAAUAAAGUUUACUUACGGA